AUAAGACCACUCAGAGGUUCUUGAACCAUACAGGUUCUGGAACCUUCAUCUAAUUGUUUGAUCGGAACAUUCCACAAGGUCAUAAACCUGUGGAAUGCAUAAUGUAAAGUUUGUUCCGAGACCUUAUCUGAAGAAGGUUCGUUGCACCUCCAAAUAAGAGAGAGUGCAUUAGUCUUAUCUUUAUGCUUAGGCUAAUAGACCGGUCAAACAACCAGAGGGCUAUGACCGGUCGCGUUCCUAACACUGUUAGGAACGCAUAUAAAUAGGUAAGAUAUUUGAAAUAAAGUCAGUCGAGGUUGAAACUGCAAACCGUCUUUAGUUGAAUUAUAACUAGCCCCUGUCUCCACAUUGGUGGCAGCAAAAAGAACACACGCCGUAGUCAAAGCGUGAAGUGAACUCGACAGUCAUUGAAAGUUAAGUCCGUGCGUGUUGUUAACGUAAAAAUAAAAUCUUCGUUUUCCAAAACAAUUUGACACCGCGCAAUUUUGCCAAAAACGUGAUCGAUAACAAUAAGUUAGUGCAAAUUCCAAGUGGAAAACACGAAACACUAUGACAGUUUUUCAAAUCUUCUGUUAAGGAAAAUUAAGUGUCAUCAGUGUCGUUUACAAUCAUAAAAAAAGUGCUGAAUGCAAAUUAGCUGAAAAUCCGUACAGAAGGAAAGUCAUCAAACAUCGAAGUCAUCGAUUCCAGCAUCAUCGACAGCAGCAGCAGCAGGAGCUCUGCCUUCCUGUGACAGCAGAUCACGUCAAAAUCAUCGAUUCCAGCAUCAUCGACAGCAGCAGCAGCAGGAGCUCUGCCUUCCUGUGACAGCAGAUCACGUCAAAAUCAUCGAUUCCAGCAUCAUCGACAGCAGCAGCAGCAGGAGCUCUGCCUUCCUGUGACAGCAGAUCACGUCAAAAUCAUCGAUUCCAGCAUCAUCGACAGCAGCAGCAGCAGGAGCUCUGCCUUCCUGUGACAGCAGAUCACGCCAAAAUCAUCGAUUCCAGCAACAUUAACAGCAGCAGCAGCAGAACUCUGUCUUCCUGUGAUUCAACAGCAGAAUUCGUCAAGGUUAGCAAGCAACAGAAAUGAUUAUUCCCUUGUUCCUGGCUAAUUUAAUCCAGCUGGCAUUAACAACGAGUCCCGUGGAAGUAUCCCCGCUCUACAAUCAUGGUAUUAUAUAUGAAAAAUUACCAGAUGUUAAAUUGGAACUAGGCAAAUAUAAUUGCAGUCUUUUCAUGAUUUAAGUUCCAUUGCAGAAGAAAUAAAUCAACUUGAAAAAUUAACUCCCGUUUUAAAUAAUAGUUGCACAAAAUUAGCAACAUCUUUUGGAAUUGAUUGCAUCAGAAUUGUUAAUGAUGUUUCGUUUGUUAUGACUGACAUUAUUAAUGCAAGAGAAAUAUUUUCAGACUCUUGCAAUAAUAAAAGGUCCAAACGACAAAUCAAUUUUGUAGGCCAUAUAUUUAAAGAAAUUACAGGGGUAAUGGAUCAUGAUGAUUCCGCUAGGAUAGAUACGGAUUUAAAAAAUUUACAUGAAAAUGAAAUGAUACUUAAAAACCAACUAAACAAGCAAACAAUCGCCAUUGACUCUAUUUUUGAGGAAAAUAAUAAAACAAUUUAUUCUAUGCAAAAUAAACUAACAGAAUUUUCAAAAAUCAUUGAUCACUAUAAUAACAAAAAUAGCGAUGAGAGAACCAAAAAUUUAGUAAGAAAUUAAUUCUCGUUUAUUUUAACUGAAUUAAAUUUUGGAUUAUCACAUCUAAGGAGAAAGAUAAAUUUAUUCCAAACUUUAAUGGAAACUGGAAAAGUUCCUCUUACUCCUUCAGUAUACAGUCCAUCCAGAUUUUAUGAUGAUUUGUUAAAAAUAAAUGAAAAAUUACCGUACGGGUUUUCAAUGCCAUUUGAAUUAAAAUUGCAAAAUAUUAUGAAAUAUUAUGCAAUAAGUGAAGUAACUUCAGUGUUACAUGAUUGUAAAAUUUAUGUAAACAUCCAAUUUUCUAUCAGCAAUCAUGUUUUGUAUGAAGCUUAUAAGGGAACAAGUGUACCUAUUAUGAAAAACGGUAAAAUGUUUAUCACUACAUUUGAAAAGGAGGUAAUUCUUAAAUCUCCUAAUUCAAAAAUUGGUAUGCUUGCAACAUAUGCAGAAUACAAAACCUGCAAAAUAGUGCAAAACCUUAGAAUUUGUCCAUCGUUUCACAUAUUGGAAGACUUAUCUAAAUUGACAGAUUGCAAUGUACAAGCUUUCUUCAAUACUUCGAGUAAUUCCUGUUUUUCUCAACCUAUUAAUUUAAAACAUCAAAUUUGGGUACAAAUGGUAGAUGAAAACUCAUGGGUUUUCGCUGUUCCAAACAUAACCCAACUAGAUGUAUUAUUUAAUAACAAACACAUGUCAUACGAAAUAUCAGGAAUAGGAAAACUUAAAAUCUUACAACCAGCUUUGAUAAAAUCACAAGAAGUGCUUUUGCAUUAUUAUCCAAAAGAUUUCACAAAAAUUCAAUAUAAUAAUUUUAAGAUGAGUUUUUCACACACACCUCUUGAAGUGAAAUUAAUUGAUAAAAAGGUUCCUGAUACUUUGGAAACAAAAAUAAUCACAAAUGCAAAUAGUAAACAAUUAUUUCAUGAAAUCGUAAAUUUGAAAAACAUGAAUCAAGAUAAGAUGCAACUUUUAGAUGUCGAAUUAGAAAGACACACCUUUAGUUUUUGGACGUUUUUUAUGUAUGUAAUUUUGGCAGUUCUAUUCUUGUUUACUCUGUUUCGGAUUUACACGUAUUGCAAAUCCAAAUUUUCGAGGGGGAGGGGAUCUCGGUGCCGGACUCAAGAAGAAGAAAUAAAUUCUCAGGAAAUACAGGAGCUUAACCCAAGAAUCAAUACAAAUAUGUUACUACCUAGUUCAGCGUAUAUAGUAGAACUCGAUAAUAAUAAAAUGAAUUCUAAAAAAAAUGUAAGGAAAAAACCAGUAUACAUGAAUAUUAAUGUAUAAACUACAAGAUUAUCACAUUAUUGAAAUAUAUAAAUAACUAAUAAUAAAUAUAAUAAAUGAAUCAAUAAAUAUAAUUUAUAUAAUGUGAAAUAAAAAUCAAAUGAUUAAAAGCUAGAUUUCUACACCAGAGAACAUUUUCGCAAAAUGAUCUUGAAAAUAAAAUGUAUAGAUGUUCAUUGAUUGAAGAUUAUAUUUAUAAUAAAAAACAAAAGUUUCAUAAACGAAACUUUUUCAGAUAAGGGUGAGUGAUGUGGCGAUAAGACCACUCAGAGGUUCUUGAACCAUACAGGUUCUGGAACCUUCAUCUAAUUGUUUGAUCGGAACAUUCCACAAGGUCAUAAACCUGUGGAAUGCAUAAUGUAAAGUUUGUUCCGAGACCUUAUCUGAAGAAGGUUCGUUGCACCUCCAAAUAAGAGAGAGUGCAUUAGUCUUAUCUUUAUGCUUAGGCUAAUAGACCGGUCAAACAACCAGAGGGCUAUGACCGGUCGCGUUCCUAACACUGUUAGGAACGCAUAUAAAUAGGUAAGAUAUUUGAAAUAAAGUCAGUCGAGGUUGAAACUGCAAACCGUCUUUAGUUGAAUUAUCACUAGCCCCUGUCUCCACAACAGCGUUAAAAAUAUAAUGAUUCUUCCUCAGCAGGAAACUCUUGCCGGUGCUCGCACUCCCUGUGGAUCACACAUACAACGGCCCGACUUGCACGCCUCCAGAACCGCCUUCUGCUGCUCGUCCAGCACUUCCGGUUCCACCGACCUAAACCGUGUCAGCUUCU